UCUACCGAUUCACUUCUGUUUGUUAAAAAGAAUUUUUUAUAUAUAUUUACAUAUUCAUAUAUAUGUACAUAUUUUUUUUUAAUUGAAAAAUUUGAUAAAUUCAGUGAAAUUAAUAUAUAUUUUUAAAAAUAUGACAAUUAUGACAAAGAUGUUGCUGAUACAACCGACGGAGGAGAUGUCGAAGCUCAUUCGAGCUGAGCUAAAUGAAAAUGUUGCAACUCGUGACCAAGAUUUGGAGCAUAUCAAAGAGUGGUUACGAAAACAGCCGCAUUUGCCGGACACCUUUGACGAUCACCGUCUAAUGACAUUUUUACGUGGCAGUAAAUUUUCAUUAGAAAAAUGUAAAACAAAAUUAGACAUGUAUUUUACAAUGCGUGGAGCCGCACCUGAAUUUUUUAUGAACCGUGACGUCACAAGACCGGAAAUGAAAGAAAUUUUAAAACACGUACAAAUUCCGCCAUUACCAGGCUUAACCAAAAAUGGCCGCCGUGUUAUUAUAAUGCGCGGGGUUAAUAAAGACAUUCCAACACCAAAUGUUGCUGAAGCUAUGAAAUUAGUUAUGAUGAUAGGGGACAUAAGAUUAUUAGAAGAAUUAGUCGGUGUAGCUGGUGACGUUUACAUUUUAGAUGCAUCAGUGGUAUCUCCAGCUCACUUUUCAAAAUUCACUCCUGAUUUGGUUAAGAAAUUUUUAACAUGCGUUCAAGAAGCUUACCCGGUUAAACUUAAAGAAAUUCAUGUUGUCAAUGUCAGUGCACUUGUUGAUAAAAUAGUACAAUUUGUAAAACCAUUUUUGAAAGAAAAAAUACGUAACCGUAUUCACAUGCACAGUAAUUUAGAAACACUCUAUGAAUUUAUACCCAGAGAAAUAUUGCCAGAAGAGUAUGGCGGCGAAGCUGGUCCUAUAAAGGACAUCAAUGACACAUGGGUUAAAAAAUUAGAAGACUACGGGCCGUGGUUUAAAGAACAAGAAGCUAUUAAAUCUAAUGAAGCCUGCCGAGUUGGAAAACCAAAAACUUCAGAUGAUCUUUUUGGAAUCGACGGCUCAUUUCGACAACUCUCUUUUGAUUAAAUAAUUUAAGGUUAAGGUUAAGAGAAUUUAUAAAAAAAAUAAAUAAAGUUUGUAAGUUUCUUUUUAAGUAAAAAAAAUUUUAUAACCAC